CGCCAGUGGUUCCACCUGCUGCCUCUGCGGCUGUGGAAAGGCGACGGCCAGCCCUCUAGGCCGCUGCAAACGGGUGGCUCUUGAGCGGGGACAGCGCCUCAGCGUGUGCUUGCAGCGUCUGCCUACGCCUGCCCAUUGCAAGGGGGUGAAAGCGAUUCCGGCUUGUGGCAGUCGGUUCAGAAACGCUGAACGCAUUCUUGCCGCAAUUGUCAAGGGCUGGGAAAUAAAACUUGUCUCCGACUUCCGGGGAGUGUGGCUUCGAAUGGCUGUGUCGAGGAAUGGGAUGUGGGAGCAGGCGAGAGCGCAGCGAGCUGGAAGAGCCCCAGAGUAGCAGCUUCUGAAAUUCCUCUCCACCAGUCCUGGAUGUCCUGGCCAGUUUGGUUUCAGCGAGUAACUGAAGUUUUCAGUGCCGUUGGCAGGCACAGAGAGGAUGGUGCCACAUCUUCCUUAGUGAGAGCCUGAGGACAGAGCCUCUGUGCACCAUGAGUGUCACCCCAGAGGUCAAGAGUCGUGGGAUGAAGUUUGCUGAAGAGCAGCUGCUCAAACAUGGAUGGACUCAAGGCAAGGGUCUGGGCCGGAGAGAAAAUGGCAUCACCCAGGCCCUCAAGGUGACACUGAAGCAGGAUACCCAUGGGGUGGGACACGACCCUGCCAAGGAGUUUACAGACCACUGGUGGAGUGAUCUCUUCAACAAGACUGCAGCCAGCUUGGUAGUGGACACAGGGAAGGAUGGAGUGCAGAUAAGGCGCCUUUCCAAGGAGACCACCCAGCGCAAUCACCCCAAGUCCAAUUUGCUGUAUCAGAAGUUUGUGAAGACAGCCACACUAACCUCAGGUGAGGAGAAGCCUGACAGAGAGAGCGGCAGUGAUGAUGACAACCAUGAGCCCAAGCCUCCAAAGAUUCUGACUGAUGAGAUGCUACUCAAAGCUUGCGAGGGGCGAACAGCACACAAGGCUGCCCGGGCUGGAAUCACAAUGAAGGCCAAGCUUGCUCGCCUGGAGGCCCAAGAGCAGGCUUUCCUGGCUCGGCUCAAAGGCUCCAAGGACGUGGACCCCGCUCCACCACAGACCGACAGGGAGUCCUCCCACAAAAAGAAAAAGAAGAGGAAGCAUAAAGAGGAGGAAGAGGCCGCAACGACUGAAAAGAGUGGAGGUGAGGAGCUCCUAGAAUACGCUGACCCUCGGAGCUUCAGGAAAAGCAGGAAGAAGAAGAAAAAGAGGCGGGAAGACGAGAGAGAGGGGAUGGCGGGAGGAAGUGGGGAGGAAGAGGCUGAAGGAGCAAGUGGGCCUGGAGAACUGAGCACAGAGCCACCUGAGCAGUCUGCUAGGAAAAGGAAGAAAAAGAGGCGGCGGCCCCAUGAAGAAGAGGGGAAGAUGGACGCCUGGGAUGAAGGACACAGAGGCAGGGCGGGCAGGCCAGAGGCAGUGGGCGGUGGAGCAGACACGCACCCAUGGAGAAGCAGCCAGCAGCCUCAGCCGUGUGGGGAGGAAGAAGGGAAGGACGGCCUAGCAGAAGGAGAGACAAGGGUCAGAAGAGGCAAGAAGAAAAGACAGCAGUGCCGUGAGGAGGUGGUCUCAGAUGUGAGCAGUAAAGAUGAUGACGGCAGGACUUGGGAAGCAGAGAAUGAAGGCGAAAGAGAUCAGCCACAUCCAAAGGACAGAGCAGGCGCCAAUGCUCACCAGAGAGGCAAACAGAAGAAGCGGAAGAGGGACUGAAGUCUGCAGUGCAGCUCUGCUGGCUCCUUGUCAGGGCCGCCUUCUUCACACCCCUCUGCAGACAGCUCAGGACAGCCACAACACUCACCGCGAGUGGAGGGGUGGGUGUCUCCUGUACAACUUCCUGUCCAAAAAGAACAGACCCUGGUGCCCAGCAGCUCACCAGCUAAAGGGCGGUGGGAAGAGGAAUCAGGAUAGGGACUCUAUAUUUGAAGAAGUCUCUGCUAAAUGUCUGAAAAUGUAGACUUAUGUGAAAGACUUUUUUUGGUUGGUUUUUUUGAGACAGGAGUUCUCUAAUAUAGCUCUUGCUUUCCUAGAACUCACAGAGAUCUACGUGCCUCUACCUUAAGAGUGUGGAGAUCAAAGGCCUGUACUAUCAUACCCUGCAGACUGUGAAGAUUAAGAAAAACAAACAUUUAGCUGUAUGGGCUGGGUUAGCCUUCCAGACUGCUUGUUCCUAAUCAUGCUUAAAUGAGAGCUAAGGCCCCAAGCCUAUAGGUCAUUCCCAGUUAACAUCAUCUCCAGCAUGAGAAGGUCUGAAAACACUCAGAUGGCCAUUGGAGACCUUUGAAGAAAUUGUUUCUGUUAACCUUUUGGGGUCUUGCUACAAUGCUUAGCUGAGAUUAGAGGUGUCAUCUACCUCCCUGUGUAUCACAAAUAAGUAAGAACCAUUCUUGGUAAAGGCUAUCA